UGGAUUAAGGUCGAUGAAGGUUAAUUAGGGUGGAUGAAGGUGUAUUAAGGACGAUUAUAGUGGAUUAGGGUGGAUUAAAGUGUAUGAAGAAGGAUAAGGGUGGAUUAAGAAGGAUUAAGGUGCAUUAAGGAGGAAUAUGGCGGGCUAGGGUGAAUUAAAGUGAAUGAAGGAGGAUUAGGGUGGACUAAGGUAGAUGAAUGUGGAUUCGGGUGGAUUAAGGACGAUUAUAGUGGAUUAGGGUGGAUUCAAGAGAAUGAGGAAGCAUUAGAAUUGAUUAAGCAAGAUUAAAGUGCAUUAAAGAGGGUAAUAGUAGAUUAGGCCCGUAUUCACAAACCAACCUUAUCCUAACGCUAUAAGGCGCACUUUUAUAAGGAUGAGGAAAGUAUAAGGUUGAGAAAAGGCCAAGGUGUGAUUCAGAAGCGUCCCUUUUUGCGUGAAAAGGCGCCCUUAUCGAAGGCGGCCUUAUCGUCGUGAGAGAUGAGCAUGGGUGCGAAGCUAUGAACUUUUCUUGGCCUUAAACCGCUCAGUUAUUAAAAAGAAAACACAAUUUUGUCGCUAAGAACACUAAAUAUAAAAAUGGGAUGGCGCAUUAUUACGCAUUGUGAAAAAGCAAUGUGAAAAGUGCGAGUUCUAGCCGUUGCACGUCUCUCAUCUGGCAACACGCGUUGCCGUUUUUCUUUUUUUCUUGUUUUUUUUUUUGCCAUUUCCAUUUUGCGGUGCUCGAGCGCAGUUCCUUCACUUUUUCUCCUGUGUGUUAGCUAUAACUUGCGCUUUGUACUUUUAUAUGCUGUAAAUAUUGCGCGUGUUUAUUUAUUUAUUUCCUUAUUUAUUCAUUUAUUUAUUUUUUGAAGUGUUCAUUUGCUUAUUGUAAGAUCUGUUGUGGGAAUGGCCACGGAGAGGAAAAAAAUCAACUUUACGGAGAAGGAGCGGGGAAUUUUGAUUGACUUGGUGACGAGAGAGAGCAACGUGCUGGAGAACAAACGUACUGAUGCGGUGUCCCUAAGCGAGAAGAAAAAAAGAUGGCAGCAGAUAGAAGAACAGUUCAACAGUAAUAAGAACGGAGUCCACCCGCGCACGGAAAAUCAGCUACGCAAGUGUCGGGACAACUUGAAAGAGAAGUGGCGCAGGACGAAAGCCACCGGCACAAAGGAGCUGUUCCGAACUGGGGGCGGCAAAGCAGCCGAUUCGGUGCUCACAGAAGAGCUGCAGCGAGUCGGCGCCGUGGCAUCGCAUAUGUCAAUACGAAUUGACAACGCUUUUGACAGCGACCGUGCGCGACACGACGUUCCUGCCAGCGAGGCCACGGCAGUAGUUACUGCGCUGUUGUCAUCCAUGCAGCCAGCGGCGAUCCCUGAAGGCGACGGUAAAAUUAUAAGCGUCUUGUCUUUACACACGAAGUGCAUGUCGUUUCUGUUGCACGCUGCCUAUAUGCUUCAAGAAUGACUGAUGGUGCACAAACAUGGUUUGUUUUUGUGAUAACGUGAUUACGUAAUAUACACGAAGCAUAUUUUGUAUUUAACAUGACCAACAUGUUCCUCAGUGGAAUUCCUUAUCUGAAGAACGUUACGUAUCAAGUCUGUUAUGUGAGGGUCUUUUAU